AUGCAGCAGCUGCUGCGCAGCCAGGAGACAAGGGGGGGGGCCCCCGAGGGCAGUACCGCGGGGCCCCUGGGGGGCCCCCCAGACCCUUCUUUGUUGGCUUCUUGCCUAAGAGACGCAAUUGUACAAAUAAUCUUAGGGUCUCAAACGUUGCAAGGGCCUCAAGAGGGGGCCCCCCAGGGGGCCCCCCCGGUUGCCCCCGAGGGAGCUCCCCUGGGGGGCCCCCCGGCAGCGGAGCUGUGGCUCUCGUGGCUGCUGCGGCGGCUGCAGCCGCGGCGAGGGGACCCCCUGGGCCUCGGAGUGAAGUUCGGCGAAGGCCGCAGGGGCCCCAGUGAAGCAGCAGACCCAGCUGCGGGGUCCCCCGCGGCCCUCUCCGGGGGCUCCCCCCUGGCCCAGCCCUUGCUUGGGGCCUUCCCUACACUGCAGCAGGACUGGCUGCGGGCGAUGUGGAGCCCCAGCGCGUGUGGGCAGCGCCCGCAGCAGCUGCUGUUUGGGGGCAGCCUGCUGGCCCGGGACAUGAAGGCCAGAAUGUCUGCAGCAGCAACUUGUGUCUGCCUGGAGGAACUCUUCAUGGCUGCUCUUCGCACAGCCAACAGUCUCCUUUGCAUCAUUUCCGACAAAGUUUCCAUGGGGGCCCCCGGCGUGGCUGCGUUGGUGGAGGGGGCUGGGACUGGCGCGGAGGACUUCGCGGGCCAGCAGCGCGUGGCUGCCUUGGCAGCAGCAGCAGCAGCUGCUGCUGCUGCAGACCCCGCUGCCCUUGCGGAAACCUGCGGGGCCUGCACGCUGCAGGCCUGCUGCCUCAUGGGCCCCAUGGGGACUCCAGGGCCCACUUUGCUUGAGGGCUGCGCCUUCCUUGGGGGUGGGGUUGUGCCGCUGCUGACAUUUCUGACCCCUCUGUUGCAGCGGCUCGUGGUGCUCGCGGAGGAGAGCGACCCCGCAAGAAGCAGCAGCAGCAACAGCAGCAGCAGCAGCAAAGCGGGCCGGGCUCUCGUAGGGCUCGCGGAGGGGACGGCGGAAGCUGCGGCGCAGGUCGUGGGCGCUGUGCUGCGGCUGUGGCCCAGCAUCCUGCAGCUGGCAGUGCGCAGUUUGCUGCUGUUGCGGCAGCUGAACUCCUGCGUGUCUGAAGACACAGCAAGGGGCUGCCUCCACCCGCUGGUGCAGCAGCUGCUGGGGAUCGUCUCCACCACCUCCAGCACUUUGAAGCUGCUCAGUGGCUUUCCCCCGCUCCUGGCCAGGCUAGACCUUUCCCACGCAGCCUGUGGGGCCCCACAGGGGCAGCCAGACGCAGCAGCAGCAAAGGCCCUCGAGUCUCUGCCGCCCCUGCUGGUCAAGGGGGCCCGCUACGUGGCGGCCCAAGAAGGCCACCCUUUGAGGCCCCUCGAAGAUGCCCUCAGGUCCAGUGUUUUGCUGCUGCUAGACUGUUCUCCCCGGGUUUUUGAGCUCCAGAGAAUCAACGACAUCCCCCUGCCCUGCGCCAUCCAGGACUUUCUGGCGGCGACGCAGCGCCUUCCGGGGGUCCCCAGCUGCCCCCAGGGGCCCCCGGGGCCCCAGGGGACUUCCGGGCCCCAGGAGAUCCAGCCGCCCCUGAAGGCCCUCCAGGCACACAGGCCUGGGGAGCUCAUCAAAGGGCUCACUCUCGAGUGCCGAGACCUCCGAAGUCCAGGACUUAGCAGCAUCGCGGGCUGCGGGGCUGACGCUGCAGCUGCUGACGGUCUGAGAGCUGUGGCUGCAGCAAGGAGGCCCCCUGGGUCUUUUCCGCUGGGAGUGAGCCACCGCGUGGGGCCCUCGGUGUGGCCGGCGGAGCAUCCUGCAGCAGCAGCAGCAGCAGCAGGGGACACGGGGUCGCAGGGCAACUGCUGCCCCUCGCUGCUGCGGCUGCUGCAGGGCGACGGCGAAGAAACGGAGUUCGGACAGCACUUCGCGGGCUUCCACCCGCGAGUUGCUGCAGUGCAGCGGGCCAUUGGGGCAGCUCUGCUGCACCUGCUGGGGUACGAGGGGCCCCCGGGCCCCGAGGGCGGACCGGGCUGCGGGGAGCGGCAGGGGGAAGAGACGGAGGCCCUUUUGAACUUGGUGUCUUCUUUGGCGAGAAGAGCUGUGAUGCAGCUUCUGGAGAAGUGGCAGCGGAAGCGAGCCGAGCACCGGGCCAGCAAGGAAGCAGCGGCAGCUGCUGCAGCAGAGGCUGACUGCAGCAGCCCCACUCCUCUGGCCUUCUCGGACUCCGACGAGUCCUGCGGCGGAGACGCAGCAAGCAGCAGCUCGCCCAUGAGUUCCUCCAAGGCCGAGCGGCAGCAGCACUUGCGGCGCGCAGAAGAAGCCCGGGAGAUUGUGUCUCGCUGCAGGUGGCUGCUGACCUGCUACCCCCGGGGCCUCGCGGGGCCCCACAGGCUGCUGCUGUUUCGCCGCUGGGGCCGCCAAAUUGUGGGCUGCCACCGCCUGGGGGCUGCAGCCCGCGAGGAGGCGGAGGCCCUCAGCCGGGGGCUCAGCUGCCCGGACUUGGUGGAGGGCUCUGGGGGUGCGGCGCGCCAGCAGCUGGGCUGGGCGCAGGGGCAGGCCCAGCCGCGCCCGCGGCGCGCGGCCUGCGCGGGCCUGCAGCAGCAGCAGCAGCAGCAGCAGCAGCGGGUCGAGAUCUCCACGGACCCCGGAAGCCGCCUUCACCUCGCUGCUGAGGACCCUGUUCGGAAGCCUUUCCGGGGGGGCAUCGUACUCCCCGCGAGCCUCAGCGUUGCCCGCAGUGUGUAUUUGCUGAAGCGUUUUCUGCGCAGCGGCAGCCGCCGCAACAGGCGCAGCGCCUCGCAGCCGUGGGGCCCCGGGGCGCGCAUGGCGUCUGCAGCAGCGGCAGCAGCUGCUGCUGCUGCUGCCGGCGCAGGCAACUGGAACGCAGAGGGGGCGAGCAGGCGACUCCGGAGCCGAAGAAGCAACGGCCUCCUGACCCUCCCGCCGAACCUCGUGGGGCUGCAGGGGCCCCAGCGGUGGCGCUGGGAGGCCCUCAAGAGGGCCAGCGAGCCUUCGAAGUCCUGGCAGUCCGAAGAAGCCAGCGAAGGCGGCGUGGCGUCUUUAGUGAACUUCAUAAUAAACGGCGCCGACGUGCAAACCACGCGGCGGGUGCUGCUGGUUGAACAAAUGUCUUCGUUGAUUCGCUACGUCAUCCUGCGCAGCAUGAAGGCGCUGCUGGUUGCUGGCUUCUGCACUGCAGGGCUCUCUGCGCCUUCUUUGCUGGACGUGGGCACCCAGAGGUCCCAAGAAGGCCUCAUGUCUGCUGCUGCCACGCAGCGGCUGCUGCCAGUUUGCAGCCUCCGGCCCAGCUUGGGCAGCUCGGACUUGCUGGGGGAGGGCUCUACCGGCGCUCGCGAGAGCUUCGGUGUUCCCGCGGACUCUUCGAAGCAGCUCGCGGCCCGCAGCAGCAAAAGGUUCGAAACAGCCCCGCCGGCUGCAUGCGCCGGGAGGGCCUACGGGGGGGCCCCCUCCGCCCCCUGCGGCCGCUUUUCCGGGGGGCUGCAGCAGGGGCUGCAGCAGGGGCUGCAGCCCUGCAGCACGGCCGACGGGGGCUUUGUGGGCGAGGGCCACGGGAGGGCCCUGGAGUCUGAGGGCAGCGACGUGAGCUGCAGAGACAUCAGCUGCACCACGGCGAGCUCCGAGGGCGGCAGCGCGCUGCAGCAGCUCGACAGCGGGGGCCGGCAGGCCCUGCGGUGGCCCCUCAUUGUGGAGCUGCUGCUGCCCCUGGCGGGGGGCCCCAGCGCGAGAGACAGCGGCUGCAGGGGGCCCCUGGCAAAGCCCCCCAGCGGCACAGCCAAGAGGUACGCGGGCUGCCUCAUGCUGCGGCUGCUGCACUCUUUGGGCGUGGCGUUGCUGGGCUCCAGCUCCGCCUUUGCUGCGCUGCAGAGAGACGGCUUUUCCAAAGCAGCUGAGGGGGCGGCCUGCCUCAUGAGCACAGCAGCUUUCUGGAAGUUUCAGCCUUUUGCAGACGCGCUGCAGUCUUCCUUGGGAGAACUUGUUCGGAUUGUUUUCGAUCUGCACCUUCACCGCCACAUGGAAGACAUGAAGGCAAUGGCAUUUCCCUCGGCCGCGGGUGUCUUUACACUGCACCCUGCGGACUGCUGCUGGAUGGACGCAGAGCUGCAGCUGCUGACGCUGCAGCUGUGUCUGGGCACAGAACCACUGGACCACAGCAGCUCGAUAGUGCUUUUCCUGCAGCACCUGCUGACUCUUGCGCACCCGGUGGCGCUGCGCCUGCUGUCAGCAGAGCGGAGGAGCCGCGGCCUUUCUGUGGAGGCCUUUUUAGCGCGGGAGGUCACGGAGGAGAUGGUGCAUGCAUCGGGUUGCUGCCGCGGUUCGUCGGCGGAGGCGUUUGCUGCAGCAGCCGCUGCUGCUGCGACGGGCGGGAGAGGGGCGGCGGCGGCGGCCGCAGCAGCAGCAGCAGCAGCAGCAGCUCAGCUGGCGUGGCAGGGCGAGAAGCUCCUGUUCAAGCACUUUCCAGGGUCUCUUUCUUCACUCGAAAGACUCAGCUCGAGCCCCUCGCCCAGAGCCACCCACCUGCCGCUUGCUGCUGCUGUCACCCGCGUGGCCGUGCGCUGCUGCGACAGCCGCCGCUGGAGCUCUGACGGGGGCCUCAUUCGCCAGGGCUUUCGGGUGCGGGAGAAGCUCAGUUGGGGGGGCUGGGUGGUGCUGCUUUACCUGCAGCGCAGGCACUUGGCCAGCCCCUUCGCCCUCCCCCUCAGGGCCAUUGGAGGCUUCCGCGCCAAAGACGGAGGCCGCGAAGACGGCGUCGAGGCCUUCGACGACAUCUCCGCAAACCCUGCAGGCCCUCUUCUCUUCUUUUCCUUCGGCAGCACAGCUGGAGAGCCCGACGGCAGCGAAGACUCCAUUGCAGAUGUUCGGCUGCAGCUGGAGGUGCUGGGGGACCCCAGAGAAGGCUCCGACGGCUCGGCCUUCAAGCCCGAGUGCUCCAGUUUGCAGCAAGAAGGUUUCGCGCUGGAGAAGUCCAUUUCUUUUUCCCGCACUCUGUGGAUCCAUGUAUGGGCCUCCAGGGGCCUCUUGGUGUACGAAGGCCCGCGGGGCUGCCCCGAGGGGCCUUCUGGGAAAAUGGACUACCGCUGCAGGCCGGCCCAGACGGCGGACAGCAGCUCCCCUGUUGCUGCGCAAAGAGCUGAGGGGAGCAGCGAGGCCCCGAAGCUGCCCUGCACGAACUUGGGGGGCCCUGGCUGCAGAGGGGACGACAGCCUCUUCUGCCUGCAGCGGGAGUCCGUGGGCGUUUCGGAAGCAAAGGCGAAAAAUGCUGCAGCGCGGCAGUGUGAAUACGAGGGUGCGGGCCUCAAGCUGCAGCAGAGUGCGUGGCAGGCUUUCCAGGCAGCCCUGUGGUUCAUCCUGGUAGGCCCCGAUGAUCCCGUUGCUGCGAGUGGCUCUCCGGUGCCUGCUGCUGCGGCGCUGCAGCGUGGCGGUCUCCAGUCCCCCCAAGCCAGCAGCAAGCUCCCCGGCGAGGGCCCCACAGCUUCGAGCCUGCACGGCACUCUGAGGCGCGAGGCCAUUGCCGUGGAGGCCUUGAAGCUGACCUUCAGCACGCUGCAGCGGCUGGCGGAGCUGCAGGAACAGACUCUGCGGGAAAUGCACCGCAGCAACAGCCUGGGGAUUCGCAGCUGCGCGGACUACCCCCAGAUCUACCGCAACUUCUUGUGCGGCAUUCCCAGAGGAGACGGAGACAGGUACAGCGACGAAGAAGGAGGCAGCGACGUGGCUGCGGGCAGCCGGGGCACCAGCCGGGGCACCAGCCUCGCUGAAGGGGACUCAGCGCUGGCGGAAGAAGAAGACCAGAGCGUGCCCACGAGCCCUCCGAUCCCCGAGAAGCUCUUGUUCACAGAAAGGCUCAUCGACAGAAGCCUCUGCGUGCUGCUGCGAUGCGUCUGCGCCUCGCAUUUCGCUGCACGGCUUUUCGUGCGGACUCUCAUUAUGGGCUUCAAGGGCCUCCCGACGCAGCUGGAAACCGUUUUGCGUACUUUGCCGGUGAAGACGCAUUUGUACAAACUGCUCACGGAGUGCAUGAGGCGCAUGUCUGCAACGGGAGUUGAAGACGAAACGCAACUUGCUGCCUUUUCCGCCAUAGAGCCCUCCCAGCUGUGGACUUGCCGCCAGCCCUUCUCAAGAGAAGGCUCCGACUUGGCUUGCCGCCUUUUCCCGCCCCUCCAGGCUGUCAGUCUUGGCAGUCUGCUUGACGCCGCGGGGUCUCUGGUGCAGCUCCACGAGGACUCUUCCGAGCCUACCGCUGCACAAGAGAAGCAGCCAUUUGAAGCCGCGGCAGACGCAGCAGCGCGGCCUCCUGAGGCCAGCAGCAGCAGCAGCAGCAGCAUGAGCGCGGCCGCCCCGGGACCACAGACCCCGCUCCCGGCCCCGCAGGUGCAGGUUGGAGGGGCAGCCCCGACUGCAGGUUCAGUCCCGCAAGAGGGACCCGUGCAGCAGAGCAGCAGCGCGGGGGACUCCUCCUCGCCGCUGGCAGCGGCGGGCCGGGGGGCCCCCUCCUCCGGGAGGCGGGAGGCCCCCGUGGGGGGGGCCCUCGUUGGAAGCGUGGGAGACAGCGUGUUUGACCCGCUGCCGCAGUCCGACGUGUUCCUGUGCGCAGUGCCCUCUGCAGACUUUCAGGCCGAAGUGCACGGGCGCACACUGCACGUGCUAAGGGCGCGGAACCUGGGGGGCGUGGCCCUGUGCAGGGCCCCGCUGACCUUCCCGGCGCUGCAGGUGGAGCCUGGGGAAGCAGCAGACGUGAUAGGCUUUCGAGUCUGGUCUGCAGGCCGUUUCGGAGUCACUGUGGCCCCCGCGGACUGCGUGUUGUCUGCGGCGCAAGACAUCUUCGACCGGAACGACGUGGUGGGCUUCCGCACCAGCAGCUGCCCCCCUUUCUGGGAAGACGUGUUCGCCACCACUGUGUCCUACCAGCCGGGGGACUACUUGAGUGUGAAGUUCUCAGUGGACAGCCAGACAAGUGGCCAGCGGUGCCUGCACACAGAGCUGCACGUCUCUGGGGAGAGCAUUGGCUCUGUGCUGGAGGUCUACUAUGACCAGCACUCGCAGGUGGACCAGCCCAGGCGAAUGAACUUAGUCUUUGUUUUCCAAGACCCCCUCACUGUGGUCUACGGGGGCCCCGAGUUCACGCUGCAGUACGUCGACCCAGACGAAGACCGCCAGGCCGGCCCCUCGCAGGCCCCCAGGGAAGAAGCUCUCACUGGCGAGGCCCUGGCCCUCAAGCCCCCCUCGCAGCAAGUGCUUCGCUGGCUGCGGGUGCACCCGCUUGUGAGACAGAGUCUGGAGUUGUACCAGGCAGUCAUUCUGGCCUCGGAGCGGUCCCUGCUGGGGGAGAGGCGGAAGGUGCUGCAGCAAGUGGGGGACAUUUUGAACGAGGCCACCAUUUCUUUGAGCACUGCCUUCGAGUCCCUCUGCGCCAGUUACCACGAAAUCGUCAACGAAGGAGCCACUUCCAGGGGGACACUCGAGAGGGGUGGCAGUGUCCAGCUGCCAAUAAGCAAAAGAGUCCAAAGCAAGCUCAUGCCCGCUGUCUCUAGCAGGGACCCCCCGGCGGAACAGCUGGAGGGGGCCGACGCUGGGAAGCCUGAGGAGGGGCCCCCGGAGCCGAGGAGACAGACCAGCACUGGCCUGAGGCCCUGCCCGUACCAGCAGCAGCAAAGAGCAGCGCGGGCGCGGCUGGAGACCAUUCACGCCUGCAGACGCGGAGUUGCUGCGCUGGCAGUUAUUUGCUGCGACUCCACUGGCCGCGGGGAGCUGCAAGAAGUCCUCGCAGUGGCGGAGAGACAAAGACUUCCCGGCAGCACGGACCCCGACGGCAUCCACCCCUCUGCAACAAGUGCAGCAGCAAGUUCAAACAGUUCUCGAAAAGGAGACAGUGUGGGGUCUGGAGAGUCCGGCCUCAGCUUGCCCUGGCUUGUGAGCACUUCGUCUCUGAAGUUUUCUUCUGUCGUGGGACUGAGCCCUGAGGAGUGCGAGUCCAUGUUGAUAUCUCUGUCUGACCUCUUGACUUCACCAGUGGUCCAGGGGACUCUUCACCAGGUGGCUGUCGUGGGCAACUUGGUGGCCCCCAGCAAGGAGUGGGAGACAGUGCAGGCCUUGGCGGUGACCCUGGGAAGCAAGUCAAUAGUAGCUCUUUGUCUCGUCUUGAGAGUCAUGCUGCAGCAAACUCCCGACGGGGACCCCCCCUUGAGCCGGCGGGCUGUCAAGUGCAUCCAGAGGGUCUUUGCCUUCAUGGAGCAGUUCUGCUUCCUCACCUCGGGACUGGGGGCCCACCAAAUGGAUCCCUUUGCAGACGACGUUGCUGCUUCAGGGGAGACUGUCCCUGACCAGGGCCUCCCCUAUGUAACGGGGGCCCCCCCGCCAGAAGUGGCCCCCUCGCAAGCCCCUCAGCCCCUGAAUGUGCGCUCGGCCAGCGUGCCAGACCUGCGCUCAGCCAUUGCUGCAUAUACCCAAGGAGGCGAGGGGGGCCCCGCCCUUGGCAGCCCCGAAGUGGAGGAAGGGGCCCCUUCUCGGGCAGCAGAUUCGGAGGCGGGAAGCGCGGAAAAGGAGGUGAAGUUGGACAAGAUGGCGCGCCUCUGUGGGGUCCCCGAAAGCAUUCUGAGCGCCGAGGGGUUCGGCUGCCCCAGCAUCUCCGGCCAGGCCGUCUUGGCGGCGGGGGAAACUGCCAAGGUCUGGAGGUGGGUCUACAAAAUCAACGAGGCCUGGAACGAGGCAGUGGAGACAGCCAUAGAAACGGAGCUGUGCGGAGCCCCCGCUGUCCCUAACACAGAGGCCGACCGCUGUGCAGGACCCAGCGUGGGCGAGGCCGCGGGCUUGCAGCGAGUUGAACAGCUAAUAGGGAGGGGCUGGGACUCCCCCAUCACGAGUUUGCUGCUCCUCAAGCCGAGGCAAGAAACUGGGAGCAUACAUUUGAGAGGCCCUGUAGAUGCGCGGGUGUUCAACUACGAGGGGGCUUGUUCCAUCUGGUCUAGCCGCAUGCUGCACCGAUUCCUGGAGACCCCCUUGAGGUGGGCUCUGAGAAGAGAUGCUCUUCACCUCCUCUGCAUUAUUGUCUCUCUCUGUCCCGACAUGAUCAUGGAGCGACUCUACAGGGGCAUCAAAGAGCCGUUGGCCUCGCGCUGCUCCGGCGAGUCGCGGAAGGGAGCGCCCCGUCCGAAGGCCCUUAACCUAAUUCGCCUUUUGCGCAUUUGCACGUACUUCAUCAGCAGAGAGACAGAUGACAGCGUUCCCGACUACCAGCAGCCUUUCCGGUUUCACCUGGACUCAGACCCCACGAAGACGCUGCUGACGGAGCUGGACAGGUACAGCGUGGUGACUUGUCCUUUGUAUGGGUGGCAGCGGCUGAUGUAUCGGGCGGCCACGAAGUGGACGGACACGGAGUGUCUCAGAAGUCUGCACCGGGUGCUGCAGACGGAGCUUUUGUACCACCUGGUGGGCUCGGUGGCUCAGGUGGUGAGCAACGCCUCCGUUUCAAAGAGAACGCCGAAGUACUGCGCUCUUGCGCCCUCCGUCUACGUAAGCCACUGGCUGAUGGAUGGAUUCAUAAGGCACCCGCUGUGCCCCGGGAGCAUCCGCCGGGCAAUUGUCAACCCCUUGAGCUACGCAGCGCUCUUCGGGCUGCUGAUCAAUGGAGUCAACUUGCCUCUGAAGCUUGGGCUCGACGCAGCCAGAAUGACCCACUGGAUGACUGCGCGCUUUGUCCCCGACAUCUCCUCACUGGACGGCUUAUCUGCAGGUGCAGUUCCUGAGGGCUCUUCAGCCUUCGGCAGCGACAAUAACCUCUUUUCCUACGAGAGGCUUAGUGAAGUCACACGCGUCACUGCGCCGCCACCAGGCGAGGCAUCAGCGGCGGCUUUUAAAGCCGUUAAGACUGCAGUGGCGGCUGUUGGGUCGUUUGCACUUGCUGGCCCUUGUCGACAAUUCUUGGGCUUUCUGCAGUGCUACUUCGACUGCAUUUGCUUCAUCAGCGCCUCGGUCUUUGACAACUUGGAGAAAGUCAACAACUGGCGGUCUGCCAGCCUGGACUGUUUCUGCGCAACAGAUCUCAACAGAGUCCACGUGCGGUACAGAAUCAACUGCAGCCUGCUGACUCACUACCUGGCCAACGCCUGCGUGUCCAUCCUGAAGGCGGACAGGUGGGGCUCUGUCACCUGGGUAGAGCACACGAGUGUUCCCGUGCUUGCGGAUCUUGCCUCUUACCUCAUGGCUGCUGAGUGCGUCGCCAGAGUCUCGUGCUUCAGUGCCCAGGCGCCGCCUGCGCCCCUGGCGGCGUACGCGGCUUCCAGCAGAGGGGAAGGCCAGUCUCAAGAGGCGGCGCCGGCAAACAGCGGCGGCGGCGAAGACACAGCUUGCUUUGCCAGUGCAGCUUACUCGGCCUUUGCGAGUGACCCUGGGCACUUGGGCUUCUCUCAGCCCUUCAUCAGAGCAGUUCAGGCUUUGCCGGUUUCCGUGGCUUUUGCUGAGCCGGUCAGCUGCACCCGCGCUGUGGGGAGCGUCGAAACCUUUCCCGGGGCUCGGUUGGAGCUGAAUUUGGAGCCACUGGAGGAGGGCCAGCAGCAGGGCACUGACGGUCAGCCUCAGUCUCGGGAAGAGAGAAAUGGGAUGGUCCCGGGCAGCAGCCAGGCACGGAAGCUCAGGAAGACUCCACGGCUUCUCGUCGCCCUGGAUCGAAACCUUGAGUACUUGGUGGGAGAAAGCGGCAACCUAACGGAAACGCCAGAGUGGAUCUGCGCAGCAGCGUGCAGCCGCGCAGGCCAGGGCAUGGAUAAUUUAAGGAUGAAAGUUCUGCAAGCACCCCAGGAAGAUGGCAAAAGAAGCUUUGGCGGCCGGACCCGUUUGGAGGUUUCGAACCUGCACGGCACCUCAGGGGGCUGUAGCUACGCCUGCAGCAGCGUUCCUUUACAGUGCGGAAGCUCUUCCGCGUCCUGCGUCAUUUCCUUAACAGUGCGUUCUGCCGGAAACGACAGCUGCGGUCUUAAGACCAUUGAAGAUGGUGCCCCGCUGGGCCGGAUCUUCAUUGGGGCUGUGGAUUGCAAGUACUGGAGCCGUCUGCUGGAGGGAACUUGGGAUGGGGUCUCAGACGCAACGCUGGUGCAGCUUACUGCAAGGGAGCUCAGGUCUUCCUUUCACCCAGAGAUGCCAAGCCGCCACUGGGGGCCGCAAAGCCAGCGAGUCCGCAAGAGUCGACCGUUGCUGGCCGUCUUGCUGGGGUUGCACGGAGACUCUGAAAAGGCUUCUCGAGCCCCUCACAAACAAGACGGCUUGGGGCUUAUGGCUCAGCCGCACAGGCUAAACUUCGUACUGCGGGCGGUUGGACGCCACUUGCUGUGGUUUGCUGAAGACCAUCUCGUCGCUGCGCAGAUGCUGCCACCAUCAUGCACUACUGUUGUGCCUGUGCUUGUCAUAGAGGAUACUGCUGAGUUCUGUGCCUCUCCUAGGAUCUGCUCUCUUUGGGAAGGACUUGUCUUGACGGCCACGUUGUCCUCAGUUUCUUGCCGGCCCGUCACUGUUCCCACAAACGAAGUCUUCUAUUGUCUCGAGGCCUCGCCUGCCGACACUCCUGUUCGCCUGCUGAGUCCUUUUGGAAUCCAGUCUGGCAGACCGGAGGGCUUGACAGCAGCAGGAACAGACUCAGACGCAUCUGCAAUAUUGUUCCAUUCGAGAGCUAGUGGGGAUUCCAGGGGUCCACCAGACAGGGCGGAGGACUCUGGGUUAUUCAGACUAAGUUUCGCGCCCAGUUUCGCAGCCGGGGGUACCUCUGCCCCUUUAGACACAUCGGGCAGCAGCAACUCUCUGAGCAGCACUUGGCGCGUCUUGGCACUUCACCCAAAGAUCCGAGGAGGAGUCAGUGUGCGGCUCCCCAUUGGGGCACCGUCAACUUACUCUUCGUCCGUGUGGAAGUGGGUGCGGCGGCCUGACUCAAGCAGGGUUCCCACGGAGGAAGGCCUCAGCGAGUUUCCCUUAGAAGACCUGGAGGCCGCGAGGGCUGCGGCGUCUACUGGCCAAUGUACGACGGACUCCUGGGAUGUUGGCAUCGCAGCAGACUCCCGCCAGAUUAGCUCCGUCACCGCCUUUGGGGACCUGACAAGUGGACAGGGGGACCGCCCCAGCUCUCAGCAGCUGGGGACUUCUGCUGCUCCCGCUGCAGCAACCACAAGAGCAGUGCUUUCGCCGGCUCCCAUAGUGGGCCCUCGGCCUGCCCGAGGGUCUCCCUGCACUCUCAACACCCGCCAGCAAGGCCUUCCCAGCAGUGUGAGGACAGAGCCGCAGGACUGUGGCUUUGCAGGGGCCCCUCUGGACGUGGGCACUGUUCAUCCAGCGCUGCCUUUCCGCGUGCAGUUUAAGGGAAACUGCUGGGCAGGAGGAGCAGCAGGGCCGCAGAUGGUGGGAAUUGUCUGGGGCUACUGCCGUUGGCUCUGGUUUUCUAACGGCCGAUUGUCUUGCCCUGUGGAUUUGCCGCUAGGGGAGCUCAUGCGGUUGCAUGCGGGAGGACCUCCUCAUGUCCGUCGGGACUCAAAGAUCCCUUCAGAAGGCUGGAGAGAGAUACAGCUGACUCGGGGGAUCUCGGGCUUUACCAUCAGAGACACGUUAGAGAUCGAGUUCCAGCCGGCCAUUCCGGCGCUUCUCUUCAAGAAGAACGACGUCUACCAAUUCGGCUUCAAUUUCGAUAAGUUCUACCAAUGGGCGCCAAGCCGUGCUGCCCGCUCUCUACAGCAGCAACAACACCUCGUGCAGCAACAGCAGCAGGUACUAAUGCAGCAGCAACAACAGCUACAGCAGCCGCAACAGCAACAACAACAGCAACAGCAGCUACAACAGCAGCAGCAGCAACAGUUGCUGCAGCUUUCCGGGAGCCCUUCAGCCAAGAACAGAGAGGCAGUGUAUUUUCCUCCCGUGCGAACGAGAAGCACUGAGUUGGUCUCCACAUGUAACACAGGGGGCUUCAGAAACUUCACGUUUACUAGUACGCCAGCGUCAGCUCGACUCUCGGACUCGCAUCAGGGGACUGUGCAUGCGCUUUUCCAAGCUAUUAAAGAGAGGAACCUGCGGUGGCUCUCCACCUUUUUUUCACAGUACCCAGACUGGCUCGAAACGCAGGAUGCAGCAGCCACGCCGGGCAGCUGCACAUUUGGCUCUCUGGAGCAGCAGAUGUUCGUAUGGGCUAAUGGCAGCAGCAGCACCAGUAGCGGCAGCAACGCCCAGUGGCAAAGCGAGCAGCUGCAGCAGCACAUCUCGGCAGUGUAUGGAGAGUAUGAGAACGACACGCCCCUGAAACUCGCAAUAAAGAAAGGCUAUGCAGAUGUUGUUCAAAUGCUGAUUGAGGCAGGAGGCUGCAACCCGGAUGGGGUGGGAGACGGCAGCGAAAGGGUGACUCCGCUGAUGUUGGCUGCUGAGCUGGGCCAGGACUUGAUUGUCUCAAUGCUUGUGUGCAACUAUGGGCUUAACAUAAACCGCAGGGACGCAGAAGGAAACUGUGUGCUUCACAGAAUGGCUCUCAGGGCUGCUGGGCAGCCCCUCUCAGGAGGAAGACUUUGCUCAGCGGUGCCGGUCCACAGACGCGGCUACUACAACACAAUUAAGCUGCUGCUCUCUCUCGGGGCGGACUGUUCUCUAAAGAACGACGCGGGCCUGACUCCCGUGGAACUCAUCGGUUCCAAAGGUGAUGGCUUCCAGGAGGGGCUAGAGGCGCUGGCCAGACUGUUGCGUUACGCUGCGCUUGCAGCUCAGCUGCAGCAACUGAGCAUUGCGGCAAGUGCCACGCCAAAUUUUCCGAAGUUUGGCGGAGCUUUCCCAAAGGUCAGAGGAGCUGAAGCAUGCAUUCCGUGGAGGUGGGGCUCGCUGCUCGCGAACUGCACUGUGGUGGUUGGGGGAGUUGAUGAGGUGGCAUUCAGCGUCCACAGUUUGUACAUUGACGGCGAGCGUCGCGAUGCGCAAAUGAACGAAUCCGAAAGGUCGCCUCGCAUGGCAGCAGAUUGGCUUUGCGGGACUUCUUACGCGCCUUCGCCUAAGACAGGGCGGCCUUCAAGUUUCCCUCAAUCUUCUGCGGAAAUGCGGGGUGAAGAGACUCGAGGACAGGUGGACGUGCGAAAGUUACCUGCGCUGAAGCCUUCUUCGCAGCCCUCGAGAAGCAACACUGGGGACAGCGUAGAACUGGCAGGCAUGGGUCUUUCCAGUAGAGCGGGCCGGACUUCAACGAGCCUGAUCUCGAAUGGCUCAGCAUUGGGGACUCAGGCUCCCCGUUUCUUCGGUGGUCCUUCAUCAGGAGCGAUGGAUGGCAACCUCGGCUUACGGACUUCUUCAGGUUCUAAUUGUGCCCAAGUGCCUUUCUCGCUCUUGCGGCCCGUAGAUGGCAACUUGCCCUUGGCAAAUGCUGACGUGCGGACAUUGCUGCAACAGCUGCUGGUGUGGGGCCUUGACCUGAAUGGGGACUUGACGGAUCCCGCUUGCCCAGAGGGCCAGCCAGCUCCUCUCCGCCCCCCCUUGCCGGCCCUCUCUGGGUCUCUUCUGCGCAGUAUUUCCGUAGCGGAGGACUUCGGAUCUCUUCAGAAAGUGUUUGUGGCAAUCGUAAGGAGGCUACAGGUUCUGGAAGAGCACCAGACAACAGAACAGCGCAUGCAACCUGGGCAGCAACAGACAAAUGCUUCGCCUCGGGGCCCACGCGCCAUCCCUGCAGUUCCCCGGAGGUCUGACGGCUCCCGUCACAGAUAUAACAGGGGCCGGCAAGCUCCCACUUCUUCGCAGAGUAAUGGUCUUCAACGCCUCGUUGCAUGCGCCGAGGCUGCUGAGAGCGUCGGGGACCUCAUUAGUCUGCUUCUGCCUCUCGACACCGCCGCAGCAAAGAUAGAGGGAUGCACUCGCAGGGGUUGGGUCGAUGGAGUACAACGGCACAUGUGGCGUCAGAAAGUUGCCAGAGAUUCAGGUUAUCAAAUAGCCUUGGGAGGACCAGGAGGCCUUGUGUGGACGCCAGACAUGCAGCUGUUCGAGGAAGUCACGGGAAUGCAAGUGCAUGAAGUUCCUCCGCUUUUGCUUCAGGAAGGAGUUUCUAGUGGGAGCUUGGGCAUGUUGAUGGUGAGAUCUGUUCUAGACGCAGACGAUGUUAUCCUGCAAGCAGUCAUGCGCAUUUGGCCACCGAAGUUCGACAUCUGGCUUAGGCAGUUGCUCGACGUAUUUGACGGCCUGGAAGAGGGCAGAAGUGUGCCCCAGCCAGAUAAGCACAUGCGCAUCGCAGCUCUCAUCUGGAAGGCAGACAAGGAUCGCGACAGCUUCUUAGCUUUAGACAGCAGCUGCGGCUCCCCAGGGAAGAAGCGGGAUUCUUUAGAAGAGAUCGAGCAAGCUGCCGCGCUCAAAAAACAAGUCCUUGCCCUUAUCAGUGAAGCCUCGUGCGGCGUGGCUCCCGCCUCAUCUGUCGAGGUGCUACUGCAGCAGGUCAUUGGCUUGAGACUACGGCUACUGGAACAUCUAUGUUCCUGUGCCAGUGGCGCUGUGCCCAUCAUCGCACCGGUUUUCAAUAUCCCCAAGCUACCUUUAGAUUACUAUGGAUUGCUGACGGCUCACUCUGGGGUGAGCUUCCUCCGAGGUACCAUUCCGACUCGUCUGGGGGACGGCAGCUUAGGGGUUACAGAGCUGCUAAAGCGGCGGUCAUACAGCAGCAGCAAAAUGGUGUUGCAGGUGGGCCCAUCCGACUUGCCUAUAGAAAUGAGCGCCUACCUCUUCCUUCGUCCGCUACUGACAAAUUUGACAUCCAGCACUUUGUGGCGCAACAUCAUAGAAAAGCUAGGAUAUUCAGGCCGCGAGCAACCCUCUUUGAAGCUGGACCGAGGCCAGGCAGCUACAGCGAAGGUCUUGGCCCACACUCUCUGGUAUCAGGCCACUGUGCAGCUCCUUUCGGCAGCAGCAAGCCCGUGCAAACUUAGAGCAAGACCUGGAGAGAGACCUUUUCUGGUAGUUUUUCGAGGAGAAGGGGCAACAGAUUUUGGCGGCCCCUUUCAAGAGUUCCUUUCUGGAGUAGCUAAUGAGGUCAUGGGUCCCCUGGCGGAAUCUCCCGAUGAGCUUCUCCCCACCUUCCUUGCAUGUCUUCCGUCCUUUAACUCUACGCAUGCCAUUGGGCCCCAUCAGGACUCCGUAGUGCUCCGCCCUGAUCCAUCUGCACCGCUUCCAGACCCUUUGGUCUCCGCCUCAGACCUGCUACCACCAGCGCUACCCAAUACCUCAGGAGGAAAUGAUGGUUCACCAAGUUACGCGGAGGUCUCACCAGAUACAGUCACGCAGGAACCAGUCCAGUCUGUGGGCUCGCAACCGGAUCGCAGCUCACAUGCUGAAUUCGGCGAGGGUCCGCAGAGUAUCCGCAGCAAUUUAAGUAAUGGUCAUUGCAGCCCCCCGCAAGGUCGACUUCGCCGGCAGUUGCACAUUGACACCCUUUGGACAUCUGACACCAUUUUAGGCGCUCUUCCUUCCCCGGCGCGGCGUGUUCUUCCUCGAGGUCAUCGCGCUGAAGAUGCAGGGCUCCCGGAUAGAAUUCCUCAGGAGGAUCCAUUCCAAGCUGCGGUGUCUCGCCGUGAAGAAAUGCAAGCAGCGCCCACACCUUUGAACGCAAAUGGGACGCUUUCCAGGGCAGAAGAAGACACCGUAACUGAAGAAACCAUGUACAUUCUCAUGUACGAAGCUCUCGGUCGCCUUAUGGCCAUGUGUUUCUGCAUCGGGAGCGCAUUCAACGUUACCUUGAACCCUCUUUUGUGGAAGAAGCUGGUCGCCGCACCGCUGACUAUUGACGAUCUGGCUGACUCUGACUGCGUGGCCGUUGAAAUGAUCCGUUCCCUUCGGCGCAUGGCUGCGGUGCCGCCGCAGUACUGGGACUCCACAAUGGAAGCAUCGCUAUCAGACAUGACGUUCAGCACAGAAGAUACUCUAGGGAGAUCUUUUGAGCUGGUUGAAGGUGGAGCGAAUAUCCCUGUCGACGCAUUUAACCUGGUUACUUUCAUUCGCCUCUCAGAGCGGUUCCGCUUGCUUGAAGGGACGGAAGGUGUUGAAGCCAUUCUGCGAGGCAUUGCAGCAGUUUUGCCCCUAGGUCGACUGCGACUGCUUUUUGACUGGAGGCGACUGGAACAUCGUGUGUGUGGGGACCGCAAGGUGGACGUCGCCAAGCUCAAAGAGCACACGGAAUGCUCAUCUGAAAGACUAAAAGGACAACUUUUUGAAAUACUCGAGUCGUUCAACAACGAGCAGAUGCAACGUUUUCUCAGAUUUGUGUGUGGUCGCUCUCGCCUACCAACCUCAAGCAAUGAUUGGCGCAUGACUGUGGACUACGAAAAUCCCGACCAGCGCCUCCCCGCCAUCAACGACAACCGGCUGCCAACUGCUGCCACCUGCAGCUUCCGCUUGGUUGUGCCGCUGUAUUCUUCAGUGAGCGUCAUGCGCGAACGCCUCCUGUAUGCUAUCAGCAACUGCACUGCCAUUGACCUAGACGCCGUAGUAGUUCACGAACAAAUGCAGUUGAUGUAUGAUGACUAA